GUUACAGCGGAGCCACCGGAGAGAAAACGGCCGAGCGCGUUUCUCUCCGAAAAGUCAGCCACAGUUUCGGGGGAAAACGGCGCCGCCGGAGACCCCUCGGCGGGAUUUGGCGGAGGCGGCCGUUGUAGCGUCUUGCCAGCGGAUUUGAACUUUGUGUUUGGCGAGGUGUUUUUUCUCAAAGUUGAGCCGAAGAGGAGUUCUCUCAUUCAGGAUGUCGGACUGAGACAAAGGGGUCUGGGGGGCAUUCCCGUCGGAGCGCAGGUAUACCUAAACUGUUCAAGCCUCCUCUGAAUGGGAAAGAUGGAGAGGGAGGUGCAGUGGUGGAAAGGACAGCUGGCUGCAGAUAUCCAUCAAUCCCUCCGCAUCAAGGAGCUGAAGUUACCUGUGUAUCGGGCCCACUCUCCACAAAUCGGCAUGCGGCGAUACUUUGCAGACCUGCUGGCCAUCCUGAGUAACCGCUACCAGCUCUGUCCGACAGCACGCCACCUGGCUGUCUACCUGCUGGAUUUGUUCAUGGACCACUAUGACGUGGCCGUCAAGCAGCUCUAUGUCAUCGCCCUCUCCUGCCUGCUGCUAGCCAGUAAAUUUGAAGAAAAAGAGGACCGGGUUCCCAAAUUGGAGCAGCUAAACUCUCUGGGAUUCAUGUGCAGCCUGAACCUGGUUCUCAACAAGAGGGAUUUGAUCAAAAUGGAGCUUCUGCUGCUGGAGACGUUUGGCUGGAACCUGUGCAUGCCCACCCCAGCCCACUUCAUUGACUACUACCUCCAUGCCUCGGUGCAGGAGGGCGACCUCUACAACGGCUGGCCGCUUUCCUCCCUGUCGAAGACGAAGGCCUUCAUGGACAAAUACACUCACUACUUCCUGGAAGUCUCACUGCAGGACCACGCCUUCCUGAGCUUCAGGCCUUCCCAAGUCGCUGCUGCGUGCGUGGCGGCGUCUCGUAUUUGUCUUCAGAUUUCCCCCAGCUGGACGACCGCUCUGCAUCUGCUGACAGGCUACACCUGGGAUCACCUCACGCAGUGCAUUGAACUCAUGUUACUAGCUCAUGACAACGAUGUGAAGGAGGCCAACAAAACCAAAUCCACCCCCCCUCACCGGCCGUCCUCUCUCCAGUCCCAGCCUCAGACCUCUCACCUCUCUCCAGUGUCGGCCAUCCAGAGAUCGGCCUCUUCCUCCUCCUCGUCCUCCUCCUCCACUCCGCAGCUGCUGUUUCAGCCCGACGGCUUCCCCCACCUCUCCCAGCACUCCCCGUCGCUGUCCCAGCUGCACGCACUGGCGGACUCCCCGGCUUUGGGCCCCGUGGUCAACGUGUCUCAGGACUUUCUCCAGAGCCACAGGAUGGGCCUGCUCGCCGGGGCGCCGUCCAUCACGCCCGGGGCGGCGUUCCCCACCUACCCCAGCCUCACCUCAGGUCUCCAGCCGGCGGCGCGGGGGCUGCCGCUGCAGGGUCCCAUCUCCGUGCAGAUGGCCCUCGCCGGCGAGCCCCGCCACUGUCUGAGCAUGGCCUACGGCGGGGGCUACCUCGGGGGUCAUCACACGUUCGCGGCCGGCUGCUUCGACAGGUGACGCCAGGAGACGGAGAGAGAACACAAACCCAGGCGGGAGCCGACCGCGGCGCUCCCGUCCCAGCUCCCCACCCCGAAACUGCCCUUCGCUGACCUCCUCUCUCUCUCCGUCGGCGCCGCCACACCUCCAGCCUGCCCGCUCCCCCACUCACACAGACGCCUCAA